AUGGGAAGAAGGAAGAAAUCGGUCAAGAGAAGUAUGGCGAGGACGAAGAAGGUUUUGGCUCACUUAUCCCAAGUAUCCCCCUUAUUAGUCAACGAACUCCCUUCCUCGACCCCCAUGCAGACCUUUAGGCAGCAGUGUUCCGCACACUCAGGAAAAAUCGGGAAGGCUGCUGUACGACAAUUUCAGGCCGUCGGGGGCAGGAUUCUGCAUCCCAUCGCCGCCAGGUCACUCCCUGGAAUGCAGGAUGUGGAUUACAGGUUCGAUGAUUUUGAGGAAAUGGACAUGAAGGUGGCUUUCGAACCUCUCCAUCGUCGUCCCCGACUUGAUUUCACCACUCGACGAGGCUGGUAUCUGGACGCGUCAUUGACUCAAAAAUCCAGCGGCCGUCGGUCGAUCUCGACGUCUCUUAAAGCCAGAGAAGGUCGUAACUGCUCUGUCGCAAGACCUCAAGCAAAGCUUAUCAGACUGUCGCCAGAAAUUGAAUUCGGUGAGUUCUCUUGCUGCAGUCAUUUUCAUCCUUUCUUCGACGGCUCUUCUGCCACUUGA